AUGGCCGAUGAGAAGAGACGGGGCGACGCGAUCAUUGAAUUGGAAGACAAACAGCCCAACGGCCACCACUUCGACGCCGCUCCCAGACCGCAGCCCGCAAUGUCGUCUGCUCCAGUCGCGCAGUUGGCCAACAACCCUGUCGUCUCGAUUCUCACCUAUUGCGGCAGCAGCAUCCUCAUGACUGUCGCCAACAAGUUUGUCGUCAACGGGCAUGAUUUCAACCUCAACUGUUUCCUACUCGCUGUACAGUCGGCCGUCUGCUUAACAGCCAUCACGACCGCCAAAGCAACCGGCUUCAUCUCCUUCCGAGACUUCGAAAGCGGCCAGGCGAAGAAAUGGUUCCCCAUCUCCCUCCUCCUCAUCGGCAUGAUCUACACCUCCACAAAAGCGCUCCAGUUCCUCAGUAUACCCGUAUACACCAUCUUCAAGAACCUGACAAUCAUCUUGAUUGCGUACGGCGAGGUGCUAUGGUUCGGAGGCAGCGUGACGGGCAUGGCACUGCUCAGUUUCGGUCUCAUGAUCAUGAGCAGUGUCAUUGCAGCGUGGGCAGACAUCCAGCACGUCCUUGAAUCCUACGGCGGCGACGCCAUGACUGGCGAGGCAGCGGAGCAGAUCUCGACGCUGAACGCGGGAUACAUGUGGAUGCUGAUGAACUGCCUCUGCACCGCCUCCUUUACCCUCGGCAUGCGCAAGCGCAUCAAGCUCACCAACUUCAAGGACUUUGACACCAUGUUCUACAACAACCUCCUCUCCCUCCCCGUCCUCCUCAUCGGCUCCCUCUUCCUCGAAAACUGGUCCCCCGCCAACCUCGCCCUCAACUUCCCCCCCGAGCAGCGCUCCUACCUCAUCGGCGCCAUGAUCUUCACCGGCCUCUCCAGCAUCCUCAUCUCCUACGCCUCCGCCAACUGCAUGCGCGUCACCUCCUCCACCACGUACUCCAUGGUCGGCUCACUGAACAAACUGCCGAUCGCGAUCUCCGGGCUGAUGUUCUUCGGGGACCCCGUGACGGUGCCGAAGGUGGGGGCGAUUUUUGUGGGCUUUGUGAGCGGGAUUGUGUAUACGGUGAGUAAGAUUUGGCAGAAGGAGCAGCAGAACAAGGGACAAGGGGGUGGAGGGAUUCUGCCGACGACGACGAGCGCGAGUUCGCAGAGUAUGCGGGAUUCGCUGAAGUCGUAG